CCCAGCGAGUCUCCAUGCCCAUGCCCGUUCACUAGGUUGAGCCUACGCUCCUCUCUUCCGCUAAAUUCCUUGUUCGUCUCAACCACUUUCUUCUUCGGGUUUACUUUGCAACCAGCUGUUGUAUGAGUCAGAAAACCGAAAAGCCUGUGCUGUCCGGCCAACGUAUCAAAACUCGAAAGAGGGAUGAGAAGGAAAAGUAUGAUCCAACUGGCUUUCGAGAAGCAGUCCUCCAGGGUCUUCAGGAUUCUCCAGUUGACGUAGAUCAAAUUUACAAGUUCCUUGAUGUUGCUGGCUCAAAACUUGACUAUCGAAGAUAUGGAGAACCUUUGUUUGAUAUCCUCAUCGCUGGUGGAAUUCUUGCACCUGGAGGCAGCUUGGUGCAGGAAGCAGAGAAUCGACCAUACCGUACAGAGUCAUGCAUCUUUGGGCUCUCCAAUGACAGAGACACGAUUAGGUCCUUUGCCCAAGUUUUCAUCAAGCUCAUGAGGAGAUACAAGUAUCUGGAGAAGAUGUUUGAAGAAGAGAUGAAGAAGAUAUUGAUCUUCCUGAAAGGCUUCGGUCCAGAAGACAGAAGCAAGUUGGCCAAGGCCACAGCAGUCUGGCUUGCCUGUGGUACACUCCCCCCAAGUUGUCUUACACAUCUCCUCCAGGAACACUUGGUGAAAGAUGGGAUUGCUUUGGAUUACCUGCUUGAAGUCCUUGUCAUGUGGAAGGAUGAGAAAGAUGUUGGAGCUAUAAAGGCCAACCUCAAGCGUGCUGGCUUAGACAACAGGUUACUGGAGUUCUUCCCAGUGAAUAAGAGGUCCCAGGAGAAUUUCCAUGCUCUCUUCAAGGAGAAAGGGCUUUUAGAAAUAGUGGAGUUUCAACGAUCUCAAGCAAAUGCUGAAAUCAAAAGAGAGAUGCAAAAGGAAAUAGAUCGGAUGGUGAAGGAAGAAGAGCCUCCUAAGGAAAUACUAGCUUUGGUCAAGGAAAUGAAGCUCAAACAAGACAUGGAUGAAAAGGAAAUCAUUGUCAUAUUGUGGCUCGGUGUGAUGGGGGCAGUGGAAUGGAAUAAGAAAGAGGAGCUGGUUGCUGAGCAGGCCAUGAAACAUCUCAAGACAUAUGCACCCCUCUUCUCAGCUUUCACAUCAUCAGCCAAAGCUGAAUCAGCCCUGCUUGUGAAAAUGCAAGAGUAUUGCUAUGAUAACAUGAGCUUCAUGAAGGUUUUCCAAAAGAUCGUUCUCCUCUUCUACAAGACUGAUGUCCUGUCAGAGGAUGCCAUCAUGAAAUGGUACAAGGAAACACACUCUACGAAAGGGAAGUCCAUAUUCUUGGAGCAGAUGAAGAAGUUUGUGGAGUGGCUACAGAAUGCUGAGGAAGGUGAGUAUAAAGAGCAAAGACUGAUUCCGAGGAGGAUUGAAUCCCUGCUUGUUGAAUUCUCAGGGUCUCGAUGUACAUUGAUUUGGUACAUAGUCGAUAUUGCUGACCUGCAGAGGAAGUGACGGUAUCCCACAAAGCACUGAGUGAAGGCAUUCUUUCCUCAUCUCCGUCCUUCACAACUUGGUUUUUAAUGAUAUGAUAAUGGUUAUGGCCCAUUCAGUUAUCAUAGAAUGGUCCAGAUCUUGUUUUCAUCUUUUGCCGUUUUUGCCCCCUGUUUUGCUUCAAUUACUUGUGGUGAUGAAAUAUGUCUUGAUGCAGCAAUGGAUUUUGUAUAUUGUAUUUUUCUAGGAGCAAUAAGAAUUGGAGUUAAACAUCGGAACUUAUGUAAAGGUCUAUUUUCCUCGGGUGGUCAGUAAUGGUCGCUAUUCCUUGCAUUCUGCAGAGAGCUCCUCGUGAAUAAAGCCCUUCAUGCAGGACA